CAAGAGCAAUGAGGAUUUGCAAUAGCCAAUUGGUGCCUGUCUUUUCAGGUAUUGCGGAUCAGGUGAUCCAGCCGCAGGAUUUGAUCUCAGUACUAACAGGAGAAUCCCUGAAGCUGGAAUGCCAGGUGGCCAGCGGACUUUCACCCGGACCUGUGAAGUGGUUCCUGGGCAAUGGUCCCAAUCGGAAACUGAUCUAUGCAGACAAGACACAUAAAGAGUCUGAGAGAGUUACAAGGCAUGAAGAAAGCUCUGACACAGAUUUCACCAUCAUCCUUCAUAACGUCACUCUCAAGGAUGCUGGGACAUAUUACUGUGUGAAGCAGAAGAAAGAAACUGGAGGUGACAAAGACUGGAAAAGUGGGCAUGGAACUGAGGUGGUUGUGAAAGGUGAGAGGCGGAAAUGAGGGCUAAUUUGCUUUCUCUGUAAUCAUUUAUUCUGUUGGUUCAGACCAUUCCUUGUGGUAGUAAGACCUGGGUGUUUAUCACAAGUGGGGAAAAUCAGGGGUUUAAAUGGGCAUUAUCAAA